AUGCAGCUGUGUCUCCUCCUCUGCCUGGUGCUGCUCAGCCCGCAGGCGGCUGCCCUGCGCCGCCACCACUCUGGGGUGAUGAAGAAGAGGUCGAAGGAGCCGCUGCCAGCCACCACCUCGGCGCCCGCGGAGAACGACUUUGUCUUCGACCUCUACAGGGCCAUUGCUGCCGCUAAUCCCAGCCAGAACAUCUUCUUCUCCCCUCUGAGCAUCUCCACGACGCUGGCCAUGGUCUCCUUGGGCACCGGCUCCAGCAGCAGGCAGCAGAUUCUGGAGGCCCUGGGCAUCUCCUCUCAGGAGGACUGGGAAGAGGCCCAGCUCCACACCACCUACCAGACGUUGCUGCAGGAGCUCAGCCAGCCCAGAGACAGCCUGCAGCUGAAACUGGGCAACGUCCUGUUCAUCAGCCCCCAGGUGAACAUCUACGAGACCUUCCUGAAUGCCGUGAAAACCCUAUACCUCGCAGACACUUUCCCCACAAACUUUAGGGAUCCCGUGAAGGCACAGAAGAUGAUCAAUGAUUACGUGGCAAAGGAAACGAAAGACAAUGUUGUGGACUUGAUUUCAAGCCUGGACAGCACAGAGGUCAUGGUGAUGGUGAAUUACAUUUUCUUCAAAGCGAAGUGGGAGUCAGCCUUCAGCCGCAAAAACAGCAGAAAGCAGGAUUUCUACGUGACGCCGGACAAGUCGGUGCGGGUGGUGAUGAUGAGGAACGAGGACUACUACCGCUACCUCAUGGACCGCAGCCUCUCCUGCCAGGUGGUGGCCGUGCCCUACCAGGGGAACACCACCGCCCUCUUCAUCCUCCCCAUCGAGGGCAGGAUGGAGCAGGUGGAGAACGGGCUGACGGAGAAAACCGUCAAGAAGUGGCUCAAGUCGUUUACAAAGAGGCAGCUCAGUCUUUACCUUCCCAGGCUUUCCCUCGAGUGUUCCUAUGAGCUGCAGAAUAUCCUCCCGGUCAUGGGCAUCAGAGACAUCUUCAGCUCCCACGCUGACCUGUCCCGCAUGACUGACCACAGCAACAUCGAGGUGUCUGAGAUGGUGCACAAAGCCGUGUUGAAGGUAGACGAGUCAGGAACUGAGGCGGCUGCAGCCACGGCGGCCAUCUUCACGUUCCGCUCAGCCCAGAUGAUCACCCAGAGAAUAAUGUUCAACAGGCCCUUCUUGAUGCUCAUCGUGGAUAACUCCACCAAUAUCCUCUUUGUUGCCAAAGUGAACCACCCUUGA